AUGUUUCCCAGCGACGAGGACGUGAUCAUGGUCGGGGAGUUACAGCGGCAGGUUAUGAGCUCCCUCGGCGACACCUGGCAGUCGAGGAAGGUUGUUCUGUCCAGCAGCAAGUUGAUGAUUGGGAGGCCCGGGAGUGCCAACGUCAUCGACUACAUUCCCCUGGAUGAAAUCCUCGAUGUCGUGCAAAGCAAGCAGCCCGCGGACGAGAUCAAGGUGGAGAGUCUGAAGCAAAACCCGUCCACACGAGGCAGCCUAAGGCGAGCCUCUACGUUCAAGAUGGAGGACGAGGACGGUGAAAGUGGAAUCUUCGUGAUUAUUACGGCCCCUGGAGGACACAACUCAGGGAGGUCGACGGUGUUUCUUGCGAGCAGCCUUGAGGAGAGCAUGAGAUGGAUCACUGCGAUCCAGCAAGGGACCAAGACGUAUGUGAGGAUGAAGACGAGGCAGUCGGAGACAAGAUUUCAGCGGGUGCAGCGGAAGACCAAGGAAGUCUUCUCGAGCCUUCCUCUCCAGAUCUUCUUCUCCCUCGUCAUCCUAGCCUCCUUCAUCACAGCAAUCAUAUCAGCUGAAACUAAGGUCGACCCCAACUCGCCGACCGGGAAGUUUUUCAACGGCCUGGAGACCACGUAUCUUGUCAUCUUCACUGUGGAGCUGUGUAUGAACCUGUUGAGCAACUGGUUUUGGCCGUUUGUCAAGGACGGUUGGAACGAUCUAGACUUCGUCGUUGUGGUCAUCACACUCUUGUCGGAGGUCGUACAAAGUCUCCCAGCCAUCAACUCGCUGCGAUUGAUCCGAAUCUUCAAGAUGAUUCGAAUCUUCAGGAUGCUCAAUUCCUUCCGCGUCCUCAUCAAUGCCUUGUCGCGUUCAGUCAUCCCCGUCAUCAACGCCUUCUGCAUCCUUCUGCUCGUUGCCGCCAUCUUCGCCAUCAUGGCGACGGACUUCUUCGGGGACUUGAACGAGGAGUUCUUCGGCUCCUUCUUCAAGUCUCUCUUCACCCUCUUUCAAAUGGCCACGGGAGACUCCUGGGCCUCUGCCGUCACCCGUUCCCUCUACACCGAAAAUCAUAGAAGAAAUGCCUGGGUUGGCAUCUUCUUCGUUUGCUACAUGCUCAUAGUCAAUGUGGUGCUGAUGAAUAUUGUCGUGGCGGUGCUUUUGGAUGAGUUCAUAUCGACGGUCGAGCGAGAGAAGAACAAGAAGAGGGAGGAAGAAGAGAGAAAGAAUCUCGGCAUGAUCACAAUGGCGCAAUCUGAGGGGCCGCUCGACCCGCUAGUAAGAAGUCUCAUGGACUUCUCGACCAUCGAAGAACUUUCAGUGAACAUCUUCCACCUCUAUCAGAAACUGAAGCUCUCUCCCCCUGUCGCGCUCACCGAGGACGAGUUCGACUACCUCACUGACUCGAGGAGGCUGCUGAAUGCGGAUGGGGAGCUGGGGGCCGACGAGUUUGAGGAGAUGAUCAUUCGAGAGAUGUCCAACUACGCUCAUCGCAAGAUCUCAACGUCGAUCCGCUGCGAGCGGGAUGAGUUCAACUACGAGAUGCUCUUCACCAUGAAGUCGCUUCUAUUUCACAUCGAGAAGAUCAACAAUCCCAUCUUCAAGCAGAAGAAAGAGAUGGCCCGCAAGUCCAAGAAGGAGAUCCUCCGCAAACUCUUCAACACUCCUCUCCUCAACACAUUCUCUCGAUGGAAGGAGCACGUGCAAGUGACAGUCCACGACAAGGUCCCCAGGGUCAUCGACCCCGAGUGGAUGCAGAGGCAGUUCGAUCGCCUCGAGCUGUUGCUCACCAGCUCCCCAGCAGCGCAGGCGCAGGACGGAAAUGAUAAGGGAACGUGGGUGGAGGCGAGGCUGGAGGGGAUGAGCGCUGCUGUUCAAGAGGUGCAGGAGACUGUUAGGACUUCGCUCGCAAGGCAGGAGGAGGACAUGAAGGUGCUCAGGGAGCAGCUCGAGACGGUGCUGAAGGUGGUGGAGAGGAAGACGAGGAGGAGGAGUUCAGACAGGUUCCACCAUAGAGCAGCAGCGUCCAAGGAGGGAACUGCUCGUCGGGGGCAGGAGGAGAUGGUUGCAAGUCCUCUCCCCUCCUCUCCCCUCCCGACUUCAACCAGCCCCGUCGUCCGAAGCAGCCAACAAGUUUUCUCCUCCUGCGACAACGUCAUGGUCAACCCCUCCUCCUCCUCGAUCAUCCCCUUCCGCUCCAGCUCGCGGUCGCCGCUGAGAGAUCUGGAGGCGGGAGAUCAGUGGAAGAGGGGAAUCAACCCGAGCUCCAACGAGAGGAGGAGGCGAGGAGGAGGCGAGGACGUGAGUAGAGGAGGAGGCAGCGAGUACGUCCGAAUCUCCUGGUUCGCUCUCCCCAACCUCUUCGACUCCGUCAGCUCUGGGCAGCACGGCAAGAGCUUCAAGAGCAUCAUGCUCCUCCUCUGCGACGACUACCACCUCUUCCUCCGCGUGAGGGAGGGAGUGGCCGGGGAGCAUCUCGCCGUGGACAUGCCGGAGGACAGCAACCUCGACGCCCUCGCCUACGCAUGGAAGCUUGACGAGCAGAUCGAGCGGAUCCUUUCUGACAACCCGGACCUCAAGAUCGACCCUGCCCUCUACGUCGACGUCUCCGGACAGGACACGGAGUUCCGACGAUACUUCCAAGCAACGAUUGCUCAGAGCUCUCUGGCGGGAGGAUACGUAGACGGCACGUACGUCAAUGGGGCGCUGCGGGUGGAAACGAGCGGAGGGAGCAGAACGAUCCAGGUUGACCGCAAACUCCACCGGGCUGUGUGCAAGAUGCGAGCGCUGAAGAUCACUAGGGAGCAGAACUGA